CUCACCGUCGAACAAGCAGCUGUCUCAAAUAUCCAGCACAGUAGUUUAGCUAUUCCAUUUUGCAAAUUAUUUGAUGGGAAUUCUUGAAGUUGUCCAGUGAGACCCCCUCCAUGACUUAGUCUGCAGAGGAUGUGUUUGAGUCCUGUGACCUCACCACCACCAGCUGUGUCAACCAAACCCAUCAACAGCCAAGCCCACAGCAGCUCAGGACACAGCACUCCAAUCAAGCCCACUGCCACUGACCCAAACAAAAACAAGAGAUUGAAAACAUCCCACACAAAAUAAUCAGAUUGGCCUCACAGUUCGCCAGGCAGAGCUUGAUAGUGUGGAGUCAUUGCUUGUUGGUCUGGGGCUGCUCCAGAGGAGGUGCACCUGAUCUUCCAGUUAUAUGUAUUAGCAGGAUACCUCAGGGAGAAAGAUUCACUGAUACCAGGAAAAAUAACACUGCUUAAUCACCACACUUCCUGUGGACCAUACCAGGCGUGUUUCUUCUCCAGACCAGCUGCCUGCAGUGAUUCGGUGUCAACUGAAGGAACCCACAGAUAAAAAGUGGCAGUCGUUUAAGCAUCUCUUCUGUGAAGUUAAGAGUGUUUGUGAAAUUUGGAAGUUCUAACUCGUUUUGAAAAGAGGAAAGAUCUCCUCACACAUCUAUCUCUGAGGAAUUUCCAUCAAUGUCUGUUUGAGUUGGAACUUAAAUCUCCUGGAUUCAAUUUCCCUGCAAGUUUUAAGCUGACAAGAUGGCACCCCGAAAUAGACGAUCGGACAAUGGUUGUUGCAGUCUGCUGUUUCUACGAUACGUCUUAUUUGUCUUCAAUGUCCUUUUCUGGGCGACUGGUCUGGCGUUCCUGAUUAUGGGGAUAUGGACAAUUGUCAACAAGCACCGUUAUGUCAGCCUCCUCGGCAACAACACCUACCCCGCCACCACCUUCCUCUUCCUCGCCAUCGGCACCAUCAUCAUCUUCGUGGGAAUCCUCGGAUGUCUUGGCACAGUCAAAGAUAAUCGAUGCUGCCUCGUCUCGUACGCCUUCCUGCUGUUGGUGAUCUUCCUGCUGGAGGCUGUGGCUGGAGUGCUGGCCUACAUGUACGAAGGAGCAAUCCGAGAGGAGUUGACGAGGAACUUGAAUCACACAAUCAUCAACAACUACAACUUCUACAACAGCAUCACAGAUGCAGUCAACGACAUGCAAAAGGAGUUCCAGUGUUGUGGCGCCGGCUCGUACAAAGACUGGCACUACUCGCGCUGGCUGAAGAUGGACACGGCCACGGAGAAUGUGGUGCCCGACAGCUGCUGCAUCUCCCCGAUGCAGUUGUGCGGCAAGAGUGACUCCCCUUCCAACAUCUACUGGAAGGGUUGCUCCCCACGCUUGGAGGAAUCGGUCAAGAAACACUUGAUUCUGAUUGGCGGGAUAGGACUGGGUCUGUGUUGUGUACAGAUAUUUGGUAUAAUAUUCGCCUGCUGCCUGGCUCGGAAGAUUAAAGAAAGCAAGGAAAGUUACUGACAAUCAAAGAUGAAGGUCAGAUGGUCUGAGUGUCAACAAAGUGCUACAGACUGACACACUCCAGACGACCGAAGAGAGCUCGCCAUGGCUUAUAUAUCAACAAGUUUGCGUCCAUGCUUUACUAAUGAUAUCGUCAUAUUACAAGUGCUAAUUUAUCACAGGAUGGCCCUGUUGAAAGUAAUUGUCCAUAGAUUUCCAGAUUUGUACAUGGAUUAGAAUAUAAAUAUUAUAAACAAUAUGCUGUUGAAAUACUGUUACGUCCAUUGUGAUUGUCACACAGAACAUUGUGAGUAUUUUGUGUCCUUUUUAAAGUUUUGUUAAAUGAUUUUAUGAACGCUUCACAAGAUUGCUUCCCUUAAUGACAAAGAUGUGAAGUAAGUGAUGAGUGCCAAUAGUGAAGGGAGGGAAGAAUGUGAUUCACAGACAUCAUUGCAGUUGUCUCUAGUCAGAUGUUGUCAACAAACUAGCUUGAACAGUAUGGCUAGAUUGUAGCUGCGGAAAGAGAGAGGUGAGGUGGUAGAAGUGAGGGGUGAGGUGAUAGAAGUGAGGGAUUUGAUAGAAGCGAGGGGUGAGAUGAUAGACGUAAGGCUGUGGUUUGAUAGAAGCAAGGGGGUGAAGUGAUAGAAGUAAGGCUGUGGUUUGAUAGAAGCAAGGGGUGAGGUGAUAGAAAUGAGGGGGCGAGGUGGUAGACUUUCAAAAUUCACGACUCACCCUCUUGGACAAUGGAUAUAGCUGGAAUAUUACUGAGUGCGGCGUAAAACUUAACUCACUCACUCACUCUUAGACAAUGGAUAGUUAGUGUAUAACGCUGCUGUGGUGACAGAAGGAUUGUAACGCCAUGUCAUCAAAGACCUGUAACUGGCAUAAGCUAAAACACCUUUGUGAAGCUGUUCCCCAUUCUCUCUGGCCAUGCUGUUCAGGUUAUAUGUUAUUUUUAUUUGUAUAUAUAACCUUAAUGACUAAUGUAAUUAUUUAUCCUAUUUAUUGUUGAUCUGUAACUUGCACUGUUACCAUAGUUACAUGUGGGCACCGUUAGUUUAGGUCUUGCACAGCUUUUAGGGAAAUGGUUGCAUGAGGUACAAAUGUAGUAACUAUGGUAACCUAGAAAAAGUUCACGUCAUGAAGAUAGAGAGAGAUACCAUACACCAUACACAUUUGACCUUGACCUUAAAAACUUUACUUUUGUUUACUCAUGCACUGAAUGCACUUGCCCAUCUUAGAUAUUGCUUGACACGGGCUUCAGGUUAUUAAUUAAGUUUACAAGUAUCUCAUGAUCUCGUAAUAGAGUAGACAUUGUGAGAUGAAAGGUGAAAUUUAUCUCAUGUAAAUUAUCACAAAUAUAGUCACUGAUACAAAGCCAUUCAACCUGUUGCUUCAUGCAUCAUAAAUGUCAGUCUCAUUUGUGCUCUCAAGUACAAAAACUGUUUUGAACAAUUGUAACUGACCUUGACCUUACUGAGGUAAAACUGAACACGUUACGACUUAGAAAUUUCACCGUGUGUAUUUUCCUAGUUGCUCCUAGGGUGAGCUUUAGCAACGUGGGCAGUGGGGUAGGCUAGUGGUUAAGGUGCUGUGCGUCACGCUGAAGACCUGGGUUCGAUUCCCCACAUGGGCGUAAUGUGUGAAGCCCAUUUCUGGUGUCCCCCUCCACGAUAUUGCUGGAAUAUUGCUAAAAGCGGUGUAAAACUAAACUCACUCACUCACUCACUCACUCACUCAUAUACGUACAAAACAACUGAAGUUAAUGGACACCUUAUUCUUUCAUAUUACCAUUAAAUUCUACAAAAACAUCCCCCAAAAUAUUAAAUGUAAAAUUUGUGGCAAAUGACUGAAUUGUAAUCCUGGUAAUUCUAUUGGUUGAAUCUAUUUUAGACAGAUCAGUGUUUGUACAUAGUAAAAUAUGAAAGUUUUAUUGGUGUUUCUUUCGUCUUUGCAGUUUUAAAGGUGAUGAUGGUGAACAAGAUUUUAUGAGUGCUUCAGAUGAUGUUGAUUUUCUUUUUCAAAAUUGGGGGUGGGUGGGGUGUGUGUGUUUACAGUUUUAGGGCCAAAGGAAGUUAAUAGGUUGGUCAAAAAUAUAAAUUCCAGUAUAAAAUACAUUAUUAUUAUUUUUCAAAAAAGAGUAGAUUG